UGGUGAGGGGAGGGGGAGACGCUGACAAACCAAGAUGGCGGCGGCGGCGAUGGAGGCCGCGGCGGUUGGGAGGUAACUGUAGUGGUGAGGGCUGUGUUAGUUAGGAGGCAGCGGCAGAGUUUGGAAGGAACGGAACAAGACGAAGAGGGGAUAGCAGCGGCGUUAUCCUGAGAGUCUCAGAGUGCGGCAGCCACACGCCCCCCUAGGCCUUCGGCGGGCGGCGGCCGCCGGGCUUAGGGCCUAGUCUCCGAGCAGUGCCUCGGUUUCAAAUAGCGGCGGCGCCAUGAGCCCUUAAGGGCGGUUCGAGCCCUGCUGAUCCCUGGCCCAUUCCUCGGGCCCACCAUGGAGCCGGGGUCUGACGACUUUCUACCGCCGCCGGAGUGCCCGGUGUUCGAGCCUAGCUGGGCUGAGUUCCGAGACCCUCUGGGAUACAUCGCGAAAAUCAGGCCCAUCGCCGAGAAGUCCGGCAUUUGCAAGAUCCGCCCACCCGCGGAUUGGCAGCCACCCUUUGCUGUGGAAGUGGACAACUUCAGGUUUACCCCCCGAAUUCAGAGGCUGAAUGAGCUAGAGGCCCAGACAAGAGUGAAAUUGAACUACUUGGACCAGAUUGCCAAAUUCUGGGAAAUCCAGGGUUCCUCCUUAAAGAUUCCCAAUGUAGAACGGCGGAUUUUGGACCUCUACAGCCUCAGCAAAAUUGUGGUGGAGGAAGGUGGUUAUGAAGCCAUCUGCAAGGACCGUCGGUGGGCCCGGGUGGCCCAGCGCCUCAACUAUCCACCAGGCAAAAACAUUGGUUCCCUGUUACGCUCUCACUAUGAACGCAUCGUUUAUCCCUAUGAGAUGUACCAGUCUGGAGCCAACCUUGUGCAGUGUAACACACGUCCGUUUGAUAAUGAGGAGAAGGACAAAGAAUACAAACCCCACAGCAUCCCCCUUCGACAGUCCGUGCAGCCUUCCAAGUUCAACAGCUAUGGUCGGCGGGCCAAGAGACUGCAGCCUGAUCCGGAACCCACAGAAGAAGAUAUUGAAAAGAAUCCAGAACUGAAGAAGCUACAGAUAUAUGGGGCAGGUCCCAAGAUGAUGGGCCUAGGCCUCAUGGCCAAAGAUAAGACUCUGCGGAAGAAAGAGCCACUUUUCUUUCUGCUAGAUAAGGAAGGCCCUGAGUGUCCCCCCACUGUAGUGGUGAAGGAGGAGUCAGGUGGGGAUAUGAAGGUGGAGUCAAACUCGCCCAAGACCUUCGUUGAAAGCAAGGAGGAGCUGAGUCACAGCCCAGAACCCUGCACCAAGAUGACCAUGAGGCUGAGGAGGAACCACAGCAAUGCUCAGUUUAUUGAGUCAUAUGUAUGCCGGAUGUGUUCCCGAGGGGAUGAGGAUGACAAGCUCCUGCUGUGUGAUGGCUGUGAUGAUAACUACCACAUUUUCUGCCUGUUGCCUCCUCUGCCUGAGAUACCAAAAGGUGUCUGGCGAUGCCCAAAGUGUGUCAUGGCGGAGUGUAAACGGCCCCCUGAAGCCUUUGGCUUUGAGCAGGCUACCCGGGAGUACACUCUGCAGAGCUUUGGCGAGAUGGCUGACUCCUUUAAAGCCGACUACUUCAACAUGCCCGUGCAUAUGGUGCCUACAGAACUAGUAGAGAAGGAGUUCUGGCGGCUAGUGAAUAGUAUUGAGGAAGAUGUGACUGUCGAGUAUGGGGCUGACAUCCAUUCCAAAGAAUUUGGCAGUGGUUUCCCUGUCAGUGACAGUAAGCGGCACCUAACCCCUGAGGAGGAGGAGUAUGCUACGAGUGGAUGGAAUCUGAAUGUGAUGCCAGUGUUGGAGCAGUCUGUAUUAUGCCACAUCAAUGCAGAUAUCUCUGGCAUGAAGGUGCCCUGGCUCUAUGUGGGCAUGGUCUUCUCAGCCUUUUGCUGGCAUAUUGAGGAUCACUGGAGUUACUCCAUUAACUACCUCCACUGGGGUGAGCCGAAGACCUGGUAUGGGGUACCCUCACUUGCAGCAGAACAUUUGGAAGAAGUAAUGAAGAAGCUGACACCUGAGCUCUUUGAUAGCCAGCCUGACCUCUUGCACCAACUUGUCACUCUCAUGAAUCCAAACACUCUCAUGUCCCAUGGUGUGCCGGUUGUCCGUACAAACCAGUGUGCAGGAGAAUUUGUCAUCACCUUUCCCCGUGCUUACCAUAGUGGCUUCAACCAAGGCUAUAACUUUGCUGAGGCUGUCAACUUUUGCACUGCCGACUGGCUGCCAGCUGGGCGCCAGUGCAUUGAGCACUAUCGCCGGCUCCGAAGGUACUGUGUCUUCUCCCAUGAGGAACUCAUCUGCAAGAUGGCUGCUUGCCCUGAGAAGCUGGACCUGAACCUGGCAGCAGCUGUGCAUAAGGAGAUGUUCAUCAUGGUGCAAGAGGAGCGGCGUCUACGGAAGGCUCUAUUGGAGAAGGGUAUCACAGAGGCUGAGCGAGAGGCAUUUGAGCUGCUCCCAGAUGAUGAACGCCAAUGCAUCAAGUGCAAGACUACAUGCUUCCUUUCUGCCCUGGCCUGCUAUGACUGCCCAGAUGGCCUUGUCUGCCUUUCCCAUAUCAAUGACCUCUGCAAGUGCUCCAGUAGCCGGCAGUAUCUGCGGUAUCGGUACACCUUGGAUGAGCUCCCUGCCAUGCUGCAUAAGCUGAAGGUUCGGGCCGAGUCCUUUGACACCUGGGCCAACAAAGUGCGAGUGGCCCUGGAGGUGGAGGAUGGGCGGAAGCGCAGCCUUGAAGAACUGAGAGCACUAGAGUCUGAGGCCCGUGAGCGGAGGUUUCCUAACAGUGAGCUGCUGCAACGACUGAAGAAUUGCCUGAGUGAGGCAGAAGCUUGCGUAUCCCAGGCUCUGGGGCUGGUCAGCGGCCAGGAAGCUGGUCCCCACAGGGUAGCUGGUCUACAGAUGACCCUGGCUGAGCUCCGGGCCUUUCUGGACCAGAUGAACAACCUGCCUUGUGCCAUGCACCAGAUUGGGGAUGUCAAGGGUAUUCUGGAACAGGUGGAGGCCUACCAGGUUGAGGCCCGUGAGGCCCUGGCCUCACAGCCCUCUAGUCCAGGGCUACUGCAGUCCCUGUUGGAGAGGGGGCAGCAGCUAGGAGUGGAGGUGCCUGAGGCCCAGCAACUCCAGCGGCAAGUGGAACAGGCGCGAUGGCUGGAUGAGGUAAAACGCACGUUGGCCCCGUCUGCCCGAAGGGGCACCUUGGCUGUCAUGAGAGGACUGUUGGUUGCUGGGGCCAAUGUAGCCCCUAGCCCUGCUGUGGAUAAGGCCCAGGCUGAGCUGCAGGAGUUGCUGACCAUUGCUGAACGCUGGGAGGAGAAGGCCCACCUCUGCCUGGAGGCCAGGCAGAAACAUCCACCAGCUACACUCGAGGCCAUAAUCCGUGAAGCAGAAAACAUCCCAGUUCACCUGCCCAACAUCCAAGCUCUCAAGGAGGCUCUUGCUAAGGCCCGGGCUUGGAUUGCCGAUGUGGAUGAGAUCCAAAAUGGUGAUCACUACCCCUGCUUGGAUGACUUGGAGGGCCUGGUGGCUGUGGGCCGGGAUCUCCCUGUGGGGCUAGAGGAACUGAGACAACUGGAGCUGCAGGUACUGACAGCGCACUCCUGGAGGGAGAAGGCCUCCAAGACCUUCCUCAAGAAGAACUCUUGCUACACACUGCUGGAGGUGCUCUGCCCGUGUGCAGACGCCGGCUCAGACAGCACCAAGCGCAGCCGGUGGAUGGAGAAGGAGCUGGGGUUGUACAAAUCUGACACAGAGCUGCUGGGGCUGUCUGCGCAGGACCUCAGGGACCCAGGCUCUGUGAUCGUGGCCUUCAAGGAGGGGGAACAGAAGGAGAAGGAGGGUAUCCUGCAGCUGCGCCGCACCAAUUCAGCCAAGCCCAGUCCACUGGCAUCGUCGACCACGGCCUCUUCUGCAACCUCCGUCUGCGUGUGUGGGCAAGUGCCAGCCGGGGUGGGAGCUCUGCAGUGUGACCUGUGUCAGGACUGGUUCCAUGGGCGGUGUGUGUCGGUGCCCCGCCUCCUCAGCUCCCCAAGGCCCAGUCCCACCUCAUCCCCGCUACUGGCCUGGUGGGAGUGGGACACCAAAUUCCUAUGCCCACUGUGCAUGCGCUCACGGCGCCCACGCCUGGAGACCAUCCUGGCACUGCUGGUAGCCCUACAGAGACUGCCUGUGCGGCUGCCUGAGGGUGAGGCCCUACAGUGCCUCACAGAGAGGGCCAUCAGCUGGCAAGGCCGUGCCAGACAGGCUCUGGCCUCUGAGGACGUGACUGCUCUGUUGGGACGGCUGGCUGAGCUCCGCCAACGGCUACAGGCUGAACCCAGGCCCGAGGAGCCCCCUUCCUAUCCUUCGGCCCCUGCCUCUGACUCUCUCAGAGAGGGCAGUGGCAAGGAUAUGCCUAAGGUCCAGGGUUUAUUGGAGAACGGAGAUAGUAUGACCAGUCCUGAGAAGGUGGCCCCAGAGGAGGGCUCAGGUAAGAGAGAUCUGGAGAUGCUAUCCUCGCUGUUGCCACAGUUGACUGGCCCUGUGUUAGAACUGCCUGAGGCAACCCGGGCCCCACUGGAGGAGCUCAUGAUGGAGGGCGACCUGCUUGAGGUGACCCUGGAUGAGAACCACAGCAUCUGGCAGCUGCUGCAGGCUGGGCAGCCUCCAGACCUGGAGCGGAUCCAAACACUUCUAGAGGAACCAAACCCAACUUCUCUCUGAAGGUGAUCCUAUCAUCCCCACUGAAAUCUUCAAAAUAUGGUCACCAUUGUACUAUUGUCACCUCCAUCCCAGCCAGCCAGAAGAGGAAAAGACCAGGUAGAAUGUUUUUAGAAGCUAAGCCUGGAUGUAGUGCAUGUUACAUCUGCUCACAUUCUGUUAGCUAGAACUGGGACAAUGGCGUAUCCAAUUUCAGGGACACUGGAAAACAUAAUCUGAAUUUGUCCCUAGAAAGAAGAGGAAGAAGACUUAAUGAUCACCUAACCAAUUUUUUGCCAUAUGUCAUACUGUACUUUUCAAAGCCCUUCUAGAAGGAAUAGUAACAGAGGAUGAAAUGAAUGGGUUAGCAUGAUUAGUCAAUUACAACAUUCUUGUUGUCCUAAACAAUUUGGAUUCUUCUAUUUACAUUGUACCACAGAUUUUCUGGCAUCUUAACUUCAUUUAACACAGAUUAUUGUUGAGACCACAUUUUAGUCAAAUAAUACAACAACUCAGAAAUACUCAUAGUUGCUUUAGCCUACAAAGUACAUCUAGGAUUGCUAAUGACCCCUAUUGAAAAGUCUGACCUCACCAAAAUCAGAUAAAAAUAGCACAAAAAAAGAAAAUUACAGAACAAUAUCCUUGGUGAAUAUAGAUGUGAAAUUCUCAACAGAUUACUAGCAAGACAAAUUCAGCAGCAGAUUGAAAGUAUUAUAUGUCAGGAUCAAGUGGGAUUUACCGUAGGAAUGCAAGAGUGAUUGAACAUGAAAUCUAUCAAGGUAAUACAUCACAAUAGAACAAAGAAAAAACACAUGAUCGUCUCAUUUCAUACAGAAAAGGCAUUUCAAAUGCAGAAAAGGCAUAGAGCUAAUAAAUUUAGGACAAAUUGCAGGAUACAAGAGGAACACAUAGAAAUUAGUUCUAUUUUUAUAUUCUAGCAAUGAAUGAUUAAAAAUGAAAUAAAAAAUAAUUCCAUUUACAAUAACACCCACAAAAAUAAAAUACCUAGGAAUAAAUAUGACCAUGGAGAAGAAAGACUUACACAUUAAAAACUAUAAAAAAUUGCCGAAAGAAAAUAAAGAUCUAAAGAAGUGGAAAGAUUCCAUGUCUGUGAAUUGGAAGAUUUAUCAUUGUUAAUGUUAAUACUAGCCAAGGUGUUCUAUAAAUUCAAUGCAGUCCUCUAUGAAAGUUUGAACAGGAUUUUUGCAGAAACUGGAAAGCCAACCCACAAAUUAAUAUGAAAUUGCAAGGGACCAAUAAUAGCCAAAACAAUAUUGAAAAAGAAUAUCAAAUGGCCGAUUGAUUUUUGUGUGUGAUACUAGAAAUUGAACCCAGGGCUUCACAUAAACUGGGUAAGCCCUCUACCACAGAGUUAACCCUCCAGGUGGAUAACUGAUUUUUGACAAGGGUGACAAGUCCAGUAGGGGAGAAAAUAGUCUUCAACUGAUAGUGCUUGAACAACUUAAUUUCCACAUGCAGAACAACGAACUUGGACCCUCUACCUCACACCAUAUACCAUUAACCCAAAAUGAAUCAGCGCCUUAUGUUUAAGAGUUAAAAUAACACUCUUUAGAAGAAAAUAGGAAUUGUUCCUUAUGACCUUGGAUGUGGCAAUGGAGUUUUAGAUAUGAUACCAAAAGCAUGAGCAAAACAAUAAAAUAGAUAAAUUGGAUUUCAUUGAUAUUAAAUAUUUUGUGCAUAAUAGGAUAGUAUCAAAAAAGAGAAAGGACAAUUUACAAAAUAGGAUUCUAUAUUUUUAAAUCACAUAUCUGAUAAGGAUUUACUAUUCAGAAUAUGUAAAGAGUUUGUACAACUUAGCGAAAAGAGAAACAACCCAGUUUUAAAAAUGGGCAAAGGUCUUGAAUAAAUAUUUCCCCAAAGAAGAUAUAAAAAUAGGGGCUGGGGAUGCGGCUCAGCGGUGGAGUGCUUGCUGAGCAUGUGUGAGGCGCUGGGUUCAAUCCUCAGUACCACAUAAAAAUAAAUAAAUAAAACCAAAGUAUUGUGUCCAACUGCAGCUAAAAAAAUAUUUUUAAAAAAGAAGAUAUAAAAAUAGCCAAGAAGCACAGGAAAAGAUGUGUAAUGCCUUUUAUUAGGGAAAUGCAAAUCAAAGCCACAAUGAAAAACCACUUCAUGUCCACUAGAAUAGCUACAAUAAUAAAUUUUAAACCCAGAAAAUAGGAAGUUGGAGAGAAUAUGGAGAAAUUGUAACCCUAGUAUAUUGUUGGUAGUAAUGUAAAAUGGGCCCUCUCUGUAAAACAGUUUGGCAGUUCCUCAAAAAGCUACCAGAAUUGCCAUAUCACCUAGCAAUUCCACUCUUAGGUUUACACUUAAAAACUUUAAAAAGGAACUCAAACAUAUAAUUGAAUACUAAUUUUCACUGAAACAUUAUUCAUGAUAAUCAAGAGGAAAAAACAACACAAGUGUCUGUCCAUCAACAUAAGAAUGUAUAAACAAAAUGUGGUAUGUACAAAUAGUAGAAUAUUAUUCAGCCAUAAAAAGAAUGAAGUUUGGACACAUGCUACAAUAUGAAAGAACUUUGGAAAAAUUCUAACUGAAAUAAUCUAGACGCAAAGGGCAAAGAUUGUAUGAUUCCACUUUAGUGAGAUUAUCUGGGCUUGGCAAAUUCAGAGACAGAAAGUAGUUAAAAGGUUAAUAGGGGCUAGUAAUAUGAGAGAAUGGUUGUGCAGAAUUUCUUUUUGGGGUGAUGAAAAGUUUUGGAACUAGAUAGUAGUGAUGAUUGCACAACAUUGUGAACGUGAUUAAUGUCACCUAAUUGUACACUCAAAAAUGGUUAAAAUGAUAAUUUUUUUAAAUAAUGAAGAAUUACUGUAAUAUUUAUUUUUUAGUUGUAACUGGACACAAUAUCUUUAUUAUAUUUAUUUUUAUGUGGUGCUGAGGAUUGAACCCAGGGCCUCACACGUGCUAGAUGAGCAAUCUACCGCUGAGCCACAAUCCCAGCCCCAAAUUUUUGAUUAUAUAAUAUAUAUAUAUAUAUAUAUAUAUCCAUCCACAACAAAAAACGUUUAGCUCAAUGUAAAGUUACAUUUCUUUCUCCUGAUCUAUCAUCCUUAGAGUCAAUUCCCACACAUGUUACUGAGAUUCCUGCCAAUAUAAAUUAGCUAAAUCUCCUUAGGUUUGUGUUUGCAUGUGUGCUCGCACACUUUCUAAUAGUGUCUACUUGUUCUUGGACGUGUGGAUAUCUGAAUUCUGUAAUGGGUCUAAAGGCAGCAAGGAGUGAUAUUGAUAGCUCUUUGAGAAAGAUUAGCCAGAUUGUUUUUUUUCUUUUGUGGGGGAGGUAUUAGGGGAUAAACCCAGGAGCUUUUUACCUCUGCACUACCUCCCCCUACCUUUUAAAUUUUUUGAGAUGGGAUUGUUCGAAGUUGUUUAGGGCCUUGCUAAGUUAUUGAGACUGGUCUUAGAUUUACAAUCCUCCUGACUCAGCCUCCUGAGUCAUUGGGAUUAAUUAGCCAGAUCUUGAAAAGGCCCCUAAGUCAUACCAGACCAGCCCCAUUAGACUGGGGAGGAAGAACAGCCUCUGGUGCCAAGGGAUGCUCAGUGAAGGUUGGGGUUUAGGGCACUCAGAUCUGUCCAAAUCAACUCUGAUAUUUAUAUUCCAAUUCUGUUUUUAAAAAAUAUUUAUUUUUUAGUUGUAGUUGGACACAAUACUUUUGUUUUAUUUACCUAUUUUUAUGUGGUGCUGAGGAUAGAACCCUGGGCAUCGCACACGCUAGGCAAGCUGAGCCACAACCCCAGCCCCUCUAUUCCAAUUCUUAAGGUCCCACUGUUUCCCUAAUUAGUAGCCUUGUUUUCACAUAAGAGACCUGGAGGUCCUGUGAAUUCAAUCUGCAUUGGAAGUUAGCAACCUACAGGAUUUAGCUUAUGUCUGAUUUCAGUCUGUAUCAGUCCUGGGCUUAGAAGAGAUAAACAGAUUUCUUUUUUAACCAUAAACUUUAUUUUUAGAGUUGUUUUAGGUUCACAGUAAAAUGGAGUGCAAAGUACAGAGAAUUUCCAUAUACCCCCUGCUCCCACAUGUAUACAGCCUCUUGCACUAAAUCUCACAACAGAGUAGUGCAUUUGUUACUGUUCAUGUUCAUAAACUCAUAUUGUCGUAUCAUCAAUCAGGUCAAUAGUUUAUAUUAGGGCUCAAUCUUGGUGUUGUACAUUUUAUGGUUUUUGACAAAUAUAUAAUGACAUGUGUCUACCACUACAGUAUCAUACAGAGUAGUUUCACUGCCCUAAAAUGUCUGUGCUUCACCUAUUCAUGUGUCUUUCUUCUAACCCCUGGCAACACUGAUCUUUUUACUGUCUCCGAAGUUUUGUGUUUUCCAAAAUGACAUUAUUCAGGAAUCAGAGUAUGUAACAUUUUCAGAUUUUCUUCUUUCACUUAGUAAUACUCAUUUAAGUUUCCUCUAUGUCACUUUAUGACUUAAUAGCUCAUUUCUCUCCUCCUUCCCUCCAUCCCUCCCUUCCUUUCUUCCUUACCUUUCUUUUCUUCAAACUGGGAAUUGAACCAAGGCCUCAGGCAUAGGAAAGCACUCUGUCACUGGACAGCUCACUUCUUUCUCCUUCUUCUCAGUGCUGGGGAUUGAACUAAGGGGCACUUUACUAACUACUGAGCUACACCCGUAGCACUUUUUAACUUUUAUUAUAAGACAGGGUCUUGCUAAAGUUGCCCAGCCUUCCCUGGAACUUGUGAUAUUUCUGUCUCAGUUUCCAAAGUGGUGGAGAUUACAAGCAUGCACCACUGCACCUGCUCGUUUCU